AAAAAAAAAAUAAGAGAGAAAGCACACAAGCGCUUUUUCUUUUUUUGCCUCCUCUAGCUUGACCUCCGCAAUGUCAGCGUAUGACAAUGUGAGCAAAGGAUCGCUCAAGUUUAAAGGAGGCGAAUCCGGCUCCAUCAAAAAGAAAAAGAAGAAAUCGAAAUCUGACAAGGAAAAGGUUCAACGUGCCAUUCGCGAAGACAGUGCGGGCAGUGGCAGCGACAGCAACAAGAAGAAGCUACAACGGUUCACAUUGUUUGACAAGACAGAGGCUGAAAAGAAGUUUGAAGAAACUCAACGACGAAGGCAAAUGGAACGAGUAGCAAAGGCUGCGGCCAAGUCGCACAAGGAGAAAGUAGCAGAGUUCAAUAAUAAGCUUGAAGAUCUUAGUGAGCAUCACGACAUUCCCAAAGUUGGACCAGGCUAAUAGGAGU